AACUGGAAAUAAAAGCGAGAGCACAGAUGACGUUUUGGCAUGAUGUUCUAUACAAUUCUACCUAUUGUUAUACCCACUUGCCAUGUCGGCUGAACACCGAAUCAAAGUUAAUACUUAUUGUUUGGCGACCCUAAGAAAUAUUUUGGCGACCCUAUUUCGAGUCGUGAGCCAUACAGUAAUUUGAAUAGCAGCGAUCUAGAGUUUUAUCAAUCUACCAUAUAUAUACUGUAUUGAAUUGAACCAGUUAUUUUCAAAUUUAAGCAAGGGUGUGACAUUCUCAAGAGGGACGUUCGUGAGUAGUUGGGCGGCACAGGAAACUAGCAAGUCAUCAGAACCAAUGUUCGCCCUCUAAUUCGAUACCCUUUUAAUCAAUAUUUAAACAGGUCUUUUGGUGGGGGCCAUAGGAGGAUUGAUUUGACCAAGGAGGUAUAAAAAUAAUUGACUGACUAAAAUUGCUGGAUGAGAGCCCAUUCUCUGAUCAGCUGCCACUUAUAAGAUCUGAAAAUAUCAAGGCUCUAUGAAUAUCAAGAAUAUGGAACAAAAUUCUGAAAUUAAAGUUGAAAUGGGCCAUUACAAUGAUGUGUGCAGCAAUGAAGAAAAUAAAGACAGACCUAAUGAAAAAUGUUUGAUAUCAGAAGGAACAGGAUUUUAUGCUAUGGAAAACUGUCGCUUAAAUUUAUCUCCUGGUCACAAUAACACUAUGGAAAAAUAUGAAUGCAAUGAUCUUGAAAAACAGUUUGAAAAGUAUGACAGUUCAAGGAAAUACAUGAAAAGGUAUGAAGAGAUGAAAUAUGAAUGUGAACAUUGUGGAGAGAAUUUUAACUUGAUUACUUUGAAAACACAUUUGGGGAUUAAAACAGAAGACGCACUAUUACAACGUGGAAUGGAAGUUGAUCAAAGAAGCAAAUUCAGAAGUCAUUUGAACUUACAUACGGAAUUGCCGUCACAUGAAUGUGAACAUUUUGAAAAGAAUUUUAAAGACAGUAUUAGUUUUAAAUCACACAUGAAAAUACAAAAGCAAGAGACACAAUAUGAUUGUGAAAAGAAAUUAAAAUACAGUAGAAGUUUGAAAAAACAUUGGUGGAUACAUACAGGAGAGACAGUAUAUGAAUGCAGUCAAUGUGAAAAGAAAUUCAGACAGAGUAGCACUUUGAAGUCACAUAUAAGGACACAUACAGGAGAAAGACCAUAUGAAUGUGAACAUUGUGGAAAAAGGUUUAAUAAAAGUGACACUUUGAGAAGACAUUUAAGGAUCCAUACAGGAGAAAAGCCAUAUGAAUGUGACAAUUGUGGAAUGAAGUUUAGUAGAUUAGGUCAAUUGAAAAGACAUUUAAAGUUUCAUACAGUAGAGACACUAUAUGAAUGUGAAUAUUGUGGAAAGAAGUUUAUUGAAUUAGAUCCUUUUGAGUCACAUUUAAGGAUCCAUACAGGAGAAAGACCAUAUCAAUGCGAUCAAUGUGAAAAGAAAUUCAAGCAAAUUGGCACUUUGAAGUCACAUUCAAGGAUACACACAAGAGAGACAUCGCAUGAAUGUGAACAUUGUGGAAAAAAAUUCAAACACAGUAGUGAUUUGAAAAAACAUUUGAUGAUACACACAGGAGAAAUGCCAUAUAAAUGUGAUCAUUGUGAAAAGAAGUUUAGACAAUUUGGUCAUUUGAAAUCGCAUUUAAGGGUACAUACCGGAGAAACACCGUAUGAAUGCGAUCAAUGUGAAAAGAAAUUCAAAGAGAGUAGCAGUUUGAAGUCACAUUUAAGGAUACAUACAGGAGAAAGACCUUAUGAAUGUGAACAUUGUGGAAAAAAGUUCAUUAAAAAGUAUCACUUGAAAAUACAUUUAAGGAUACAUACAGGAGAAAAACCAUUUGAAUGUGAACAUUGUGGAAAGAAAUUUUAUCAAAAAAGCAAUUUGAAAACACAUUUAAUAAUCCACACAGUGGAGACACCAUAUAAAUGUGAAUAUUGUGAAAAGAAGUUUAAUAGAAUUAACUCUUUAAAGAGACAUUUAAGGAUACAUACAGCAUUGGACAAUAUAUGAAAGUGAACAUUUUAAAGGGAAGUUUAGUCUAGAUAGCACUUUGAAAAAAAAAAUUAAAGAUACGUACAGGAGAGGACCAUAUGUGGCAAAGACAAGCCAAACCAGUCACUAGUCGCAAAAAUCGAUUUUGAGUUAUUAAUACAGUGUUAGAGAGUAAAAUA